AUGGCUGAUCCAGAGCAACUUCAAGCUCUAACACGGAUGUUGGCCGAUGCCCUAAAAUCAUCGCUUCGGUCUUUGGGUCCCCUGAAUGCAGCCCCGCCAGCAGCAGCAGCAGCUGCGAAACCGCCGUCAUUUUCGGUUUCGGAAUAUCGCUCUUCGGAGGAUUCGACAGUGGCCGACUACUUCAAACGUUUCGAGUGGGCGCUGGAGUUGAGCAAAAUUCCGGAGGAGCAGUAUGCGCAUUAUGCUCGCGUGUACAUGGGAGCGGAACUCAACAACGCCAUCAAGUUUCUCGUGAGCCCGCAGGAUCCAGCCGAAUUGCCGUUCGUCGAUAUACGGAACAAAUUGGUGGAGCAUUUCGACCACCCAAAGGAUAAGUACGUAGAGAGUAUCCGGUUCCGUGAAAUUAUCCAGAAGAAAGGCGAGUCAGUGUCAAGUUUUGUUCUUCGCCUCAGACAAGGUGCAGCAUAUUGCCAAUAUGGCGAAUUCCUCGACAGAAUGCUGACCGAGCAACUUCUACAUGGCCUUGCAUCGCGGGAAGUGUGCGAUGAGAUAAUCGCGAAGAAACCCGAAACGUUCAACGCAGCAUUUGAAGUUGCACACACACUAGAAGCCACUCGCAACUCAGCCAAGGAAGUGCAAACGGCAAAGUCGUCAGUGUAUGGAGAAUCGACGAACAAGCUGGGCUUCGAAAAGCCGAAGACGAGAAAGGGAAAAUCGAUCAAACUUUCCUCUCACAAACACCAGCGCACGGAGCCGAAGGAAAGUGCAGAAGGAAACGUCAAAAAGUGCAACGGAUGUGGUGGUCAACAUAAGAGAAGUGAAUGCAAGUAUCGUGAUGCAGAGUGCUUCACCUGUAAAGGAAAGGGCCACAUAUCGACAGUGUGCAGGAGUGGCAAGCAGAAACCUCAACACCGAUCGACCUACCAGGUUCAGGCGCACCAACAACCGGCAGCGCUAGUGGACGAGGUGCAAUCGUUGAGCAAAAUUCAUUCUGUUGCCGCAUCAAAACAAGUGAUUAACGUCAACAUCGACGGCCACGAAAUCCCAAUGGAAGUUGACACGGGAGCCCCCUGUGGAAUCAUCAGCGAAAACAAAUUGCGAUCAAUCAAGCCAAAGUGUGUCCUCUUGAAAUCGGACCGCCAGUUCAGCAGCUAUACCGGGCAUCCCAUCGUAUGCUUGGGGCGCCUUCCAGUGAACGUCCGCAUCGGAAAAACAACCCGUAAAUUGAAUUUACACGUUGUGUCCGGAAACUACGAUUCGCUCUUUGGUAGAGAGUGGAUUUCCCAAUUUGCAGUGGAAGUGAAUUUGAACAAGCUGUUUAGCCAGAGCCAUUCGGUGCACCCCGUGAUGUCAUCAACCAACAUGACUGCAACCGAACAGCAAGAGGCUCUUUCGCACCUACUCAAACAGUACGAGGAUGUUUUUAGUGACACCGCUGGUAAGCUAAUUGGUCCUCCUGCAUCCGUGCACCUGAAGCCCGGAACAGCCCCUGUGUUCGCCAAGGCGCGCGAUGUACCGCUGGCACUCAAGAGCCAGUACGCCAAAGAAAUCGAAAAGAAACUAGCGUCAGGUGCCUACGAAAAGGUCGACUAUUCGGAGUGGGCAUCCCCGACCCACAUCGUAGUCAAGAAGAAUGGAAGCUUACGCAUCACCGGAAACUACAAACCAACUGUAAAUCCCGGGAUGAUCAUCGACGAGCAUCCGAUCCCGAAGAUUGAGACGAUCUUCAACUGUAUGAAGGGAGCAAAUUUGUUCUGCCACUUGGACGUGACGGACGCAUACACCCACCUCCCAAUCGACGCAGAGUUUCAACACAUCCUGACAUUGAACACUCCAACCCACGGUCUGGUACGGCCGACAAGAGCAGUGUACGGUGCAGCAAAUAUUCCGGCCAUCUGGCAGCGCCGGAUGGAAGCAGUGUUCCAAGGUCUCGCAAACGUCAUUAACUUUUUCGAUGACAUCAUAGUCUUCGCCGACGGAUUCGAAAAUUUGCUCAUCUCUCUCGCAGCAGUUUUCGACAGAAUCAAGCAACAUGGUUUACGCCUGAAUCGUGCCAAAUGUGUUUUCGCCGCCCCGGUCUUGGAGUGCCUGGGCCACAAAAUCGACGCCGAUGGACUUCACAAGUCAGACAAACACAUUGUGGCAAUCCGAGAUGCCCCUCGUCCCACCACCCCAGACGAGCUUCAGCUAUUUUUGGGAAAAGCUACAUAUUACAAUUCCUUUAUUCCCAAUCUCUCAACUCGAUCUCGUCCUCUAAGGGACAUGAUGCAGAAAGGUGAUUUGAAGUGGACGCCAGAAAGAUGUGCAGCCUACGAGGACAUCAAAUCAGCUCUGGUGUCACCGCAGGUGCUGAUGCCAUACGAUCCAGCUCUUCCUUUGAUCCUGGCCACUGAUGCAAGCAAGUAUGGCCUGGGAGCCGUUUUGUCGCACCGCCUGGAGAAUGGACUCGAGCGACCAAUAGCAUAUGCAAGCUGUGCCAUGUCUCCCACCGAGCAGCGCUACCCACAGAUUGACAAAGAAGCUCUUGCAAUCGUGUGGGCCGUCAAGAAGUUUUUCCAUUAUCUGUACGCCCGUCGAUUCACACUGGUUACAGACCACAAGCCGCUCACCCAAAUCCUGCACCCAAGCAAAUCACUACCAACGUUGUGCAUCAGCAGAAUGGCCAAUUAUGCAGACUACAUGGCGCAUUUCAACUACGAGGUUGUUUACAAAUCAACGAAAGAGAACGUCAACGCCGAUUAUUGUUCUCGCUUCAUCCCGAAUCGAUCAGCUGAUUGUGUAAACAAGGUGAGUGCCCCAGCCGCCCUUUGUGAGGGAAGAGAUAGUAGUGAAGACGACUUCGAUGCAUUCGUUUUGCAUCAAAUUGCACAACUACCAGUACGAGCCGACCACAUAGCUCGAGAAACACGAAAGGAUCCCGAACUAGGCACAAUCGUACAACUCCUAGAAGCCGGCACAGAGUUGGCCCGUUCCGGUUACAAAGCUCCAGAGGUGAAAUUUACGCUUGCAGCUGGUUGCCUCUUAUUCGAGCACAGAGUGGUGGUACCCCCAGUUCUACGUCAGUCCAUCUUGAAAGAUCUUCACACCGCACACCUUGGCAUAGUGAAAAUGAAAGGGCUGGCUCGCUCGUUUGUUUAUUGGCCCCGAAUCGACGCCGAUAUCGAGCAGACGGUGAAAUCGUGUGCUGACUGUGCCCGUCAAGCGCACUCGCCGCCAAAGUAUUCCGAACACCACUGGGAGUAUCCCAAAGGCCCAUGGGAGAGAAUCCACGUCGACUACGCAGGUCCCGUAGCAGGUUCGAUGUUGCUGAUAGUAGUCGAUGCAUACAGCAAGUGGCUGGAGGUGAAGGUAACCAACUCUACAACAACAGCCGCAACGAUUGCCAUCAUGGACGAGAUGUUCGCUCGCUAUGGAGCGCCAGUAACUGUGGUGUCAGACAACGGACCACAGUUCACCGCAGCAGAGUUUAAGGAGUUUUUGAAGAACAGUGGGGUCAAGUUUCACAAGUUGUCCGCCCCCUACCACCCAGCAACCAACGGACAGGCGGAACGGUACGUGCAGACGACGAAAGAUGCUUUGAAGUCAAUGAAUACAAAUGCAUCAUCGUUGCAAUCGCACCUGAACAACUUCCUGCAACAGUAUCGUCGAGCUCCGCACGCAACCACCGGUGAAGCACCAUGCAAGCUGUUCUUACGACGGAACUUCCGAACCCGUUUCGAUCUACUGAAGCCCGAAGAUGUCCAACAACGAGUGUCAACGAAACAGCAAGCUGACUUUGAGCCAAACUAUCGUACAUUCAGCGUUGGCCAACAAGUCUACUUCCUGUCCGGCAACUCCCGAAUGGAUAAAUGGAUACCAGGUGUCAUCGCAGCACGUCUAGGUGACUUGCACUACCAGAUUGAAUUCAACGGCAAGCCAUUCAAGAGGCAUGUCGACCAGAUGCGCUCCAGGGUCAUCGCAAAUGCGCAGCAAAUGGUCGAGGAAGCUGAAAGCGACGAGCCAAGACGUGUUCACUUCUACGACAACGCAGCCAGGUUUCCUUCGUCGCCGAAUCAUCGUAGUGGUGCUCGUACUGCUCCGAGUUCCCCGGAGUAUGCCACACCACCUAGCAGCCCGAUUCAACAGGAUGGUCCCCCGGUUGCCUUGAGACGGUCAACGAGACAACGCCGUCCCCCGCAGCUGUACUCUCCGUAG